AUGUCCCCUGUUAUUGGACGUCUUCCAUCAGUUCUUUACGAAAAAGAGUGUCCAGGUAACGAAAAUGAAGUAGAUACAGGUAGAAACGUGCUCUGUGUUUAUAUUCAUCGAGAUCGUUCCAGUGUUCACCGAUGAAAGCCUUUCUAUCUUCCCGUGCUUUCCGCUUUUUUCGAAAGAACAAUGUCGGGAGGGAAAGUAAGAGACUUAUUUUAGUGCCCCUCUAACUCGAAAACAUCCUUUUCAGCUUCACUCUUCUGAAAUCGGAGCCCGACGAAAAAGAGAGAGAAGUUAUUAUUCCCCCGAUCAGAAGAAAGCACGCAGUUCGUCAUCUUUCGAAUCCGUUCGAAAAGCAUAAUGUGCCGGAUCUGGUCCUCACUAACAUCUUCGGAAAUCUCAAUAAGAAAGAUCUGUGCUCAGUGAUGCUGGUGUGCCACAAAUGGCGCAAGUUCAGUACGAUCUCGACUACGUGGAGCGUGACGGAUCUUGCCGAACGUCCAGUUUCAGAAGUUUCCCUCUGCGCGCUCAUGAAAAGGAAACUCCGUGUGUUCAGACUUGCUGGAGCAAAGGUUCGCCAUUAGAUUCACUAAUUCAGAAAGAUGCAAUUUUCAGCCGAAUCCGGAGGCUAUGAUCUCGCCGCCCGCUUUCCAAAUGGCGUUGUCCGUCGUGAGCCGCCUCGAAUAUCUCGAUCUUUCGCGCUCCAAUCUGACCCAUCGCCAACUGAUGAUCGUGCUGAAGCCGUGCAAGAAACUGCAGUGUCUUUCCCUCGAGGGAAGUAUUAUCGAUAACGAAAUUGCUGAAUGUAUUGCUCAAAACAAAGAUAUAAGGGAACUGGAUUUGUCCAUGACUAGUGGAAUCACAGCCGAAAGUGCCUUGGAGAUCUUCAAAAACUUGAAAAAGUUCUGAAUUUUUAUGAAAAACAGUAGAUAAAUUGAGAACUUGCAGGCUAGAACAACUCAAUAUCUCUUGGUGCGGCGUCGAUUCGCAGAUUCUGGACAUUCUGCUCGAGAAUAUCCCUUCACAAGUUUGCAAACUGAACAUUUGUGGAACCACCCGAAAUAAUGGCCUCACCGAUAAACGUACGGCAAAACACGGGAGAAUUCUUUGAAAUUAUAUCUCUUGAGAUAUGCGGAUGCUCACCACCGCAUGCCCGAAACUGUUGGAUCUGGACUUGUCGGACAACGUGGACAUCAGCGGAUUGAUCAUUUCUCUCAUAAUGGAUAACUUCGAGAGACUGCACACUCUCUCGCUCAAUCGCUGCUACGGAGUCGAUCCGAACAUCAUUGUGUAAGCCCGGAAAUCCAGUGAUUUAACAGAAGAUUCAUUAUUCUUGCAGAAAUCUAAACUGCAUGCCUUCUCUGCAAUUUCUGAAUGUGCACGGAUGCAUCACCGACAGCAACAUGGAUCUUUUCCUGGAUUUCUGCAAUCGCCUCAAAAUCAACUGCCAGUACUUCAACUUCACCGCCAAACCGGUUGCCAACACGAAUAACAACACGCGAAUCUGGGGACAACGCGUCAAAGAGCGCUAUUGA